AGAGCAGGAUGGCAGAGCUGCGGGCCUGGGCAGGAUCCAGCGUGUUCCGCAGGGCCCCAGCGCGCGCUGCGUCCCGCAGGGCCCCCAGCAGCACUGCCGUGCCCGUCAGGGUGACCCAGAGGCCCCAGGACCAACAGCCAAAUGCCCGCGAGGUGUUGCACAAUGGAAGUGUGCAGGAUGUCAAAUUGUAUAACCCACUUGGAGAUGAUGUGAGAAGAGCCAAAGCAAAUGCUUCAUGUCCUGCCCCUGGGAAAAAGAGAACAAAGCCCAUGAAGCCUGCAGAGAGUGAACAGAAUCCUUGCAGUGCUGUUUAUCGCCGGCCCUUCAGGGACAGGGUGAUUCAUUUGCUUGCUCUGAGGACUUACAAGAAGCCAGAGUUACUUGCUCGCUUGCAGAGAGAUGGAGUCAUGCAAAAGGACAAGGGCACCCUUGGGAAGAUCCUUCAGCAGGUAGCCAAGUGGAAUCCAAAGGAGAAUUCCUUCAGUCUGAAGGAACAUCUAUUUCACACCCUUCAGACUGAUUGGCCUGGCUACACUGACAUAGACAGAGAGAAUUUGAAGUUAAUACUUUCUGGAAAAUCAGCUCCAUCUCAGAACACCACCAACACCAGCCAAGCGACAUCUCUGGGACCUUCUGAGAGAGACACUCCAGCAAGACCUGCUCAGAAACGUCCUCUGGCUUCCGACUUGACCAGUCCUGUGACGAGCAAGAAGAGGAGAAUUGGUCACCGGCCCAGUCAUGUCCAGGCAGCAGCUGGUGGCCUCUUUUCUUCCUUCCUUUUGCCUUCCAGAUCUCUUUAUCCUUUGGACAUGUCUCCAAGUGUUGUCUCCGUUUCCCCCACCACCCAUGUCGUACAACAAACAGAGAAAUUUCAUCUUUCUACCAUCCCAGCACCUGUCAGGGUGGAAAAGGAGAUCCCCAAUUCAAAUGGGAAAACAAAUGAACUGGGGAGGCUGAAGCAGUUGCAGCCCUUGGAUUUCAAUGAAGGAACAAGAAAAGAUCCUUCCAUUGCCUCCACAUGCUCUGCAACAAGCAACCAAGCAGACUACUUGAGAAAAUAUGGAGUCAUUGUCUCCUUGGAGCAACGCCAGCGCUACAAGGAUGACUUCAAUGCAGAGUAUGAGGAAUAUCGGAAUUUAUAUUUUAAGAUUGACAAGACCAUCAAGAAAUUCAGACAAUUUCAGGAGCAAUGGAAGUCUCUGACUCCAGGCUCCAAAGCUUAUCAGGUAAAGAAGGAUAAAACCAUGAAGACUGUGCUUCAUCAUAUCAGUGUUUUGGAUUCCCUGGAGCUGCUCAGUGAGACAAAGGGAAACUGUGGAACUGGCAAAUAUGCUCAGACACUGCUUGGGCUGGGUCUGAUUUUGGCAAGUCCCUGCCCAAAAGCCCCGGUUUGAGCUGUCUAUGAAGAAACAGUUGUCCACGAGGUGUCCCAAGCAGAGUCUUAGAGCAUGGGCUGCUUCUGUUGCCUAUUGAGAGGCUUAAUUACAGAUCUUGGGUGAUGCUGGGAGAUGGAGAUUUGUUUUGCAAACCUCCCAGAAGAGUGGUGGCUCACAGAGAAGAAAAUCUCUAGAAUCAGACUGAGUGUACUUUUACUAUUUUACCAAAGUUUAUAUUUUAAGGUGGUAGUGAAACAUUCUGAUUGGUUUUUUUGGUUGUGUUUUUUUU